AUUUCGAACGAGACGAGAUUGCGGUUUCAAAAACUACGCAUAUUCGCGGAUUUAUGUGACCACAAGAUUUCGCCAGCGGCCCAUGCCAGUCAAUAAGUGAGCCGGGGCAUCUGAGGACUCGACGAGCAUCUGAUCGAGAGCGUCAUUGGGCGCGAUCCCAGUGAACAAUCAUCAUGGAGAUGCCGAGUGCUUCGGGCGCCUCGUCCAAUUCGGAGGAGGAUGAUUUGACCAUUCCAAGAGCAGCCAUGAAUAAAAUGCUCAAGGAACUGCUUCCAAAUGUGAGGAUCGCCAACGAGAGUCGGGAGCUCGUGCUCAUGUGCUGCACCGAAUUCAUACAUCACAUAGCUACGCAGGCGAACUCGGUUUGCAAUAGCAAUCAAAAGAAAACAAUAAACGCGGAACACAUCCUGACCGCACUUGAUGAUCUCGGCUUCAGUGAAUACCGCGAAGAUGCACAAAGAGUCUUCGCGGAUUGCAAAGAAGUAGCUGCGAAACGACGGAAGCAAAGUACGCGACUCGAGCACCUCGGCGUUCCGGAAGAAGAACUUUUAAGGCAGCAGCAGGAACUCUUCGCUAGGGCUCGGCAGGAGCAGGCUGAACAAGCGCAGCAAGAUUGGGUCCACAUGCAGCAAGCUGCAGUAGCCGCAUUACCAGCGGUGAACGAUAGUGAUGACGAUGACUACUGAACGACCGAUUCCGGGCAGGGCUGCGGCCGCGUUUGUUGGAGUGUAAUGUCGCGAAUUGUAAAUUACAAGAUGGUUUCGAUGCAGUAAAGUAAACCGUU